UUAUAUGUAAAUAAUAACCACUGCUUUAGUGAAAUUGAUUUAGGAAAAUUCUAGCCACGUAUUGAACAAAAACAAGGAGAAGAGUCAGAAGACAUUUUGAUUUGAAACCACAAAUUUAAAUCCCUGUUUCCCGCGGAAGCAGUCGAGAAAUGGCGGAUCACAUGGUUCCUUUUGAGUAGAAAAGAUUGAGUCCGUCUCCCUCCUGGUUUUCAUGAAAAUAUUCUCGGUUUUUGAGAUAUAUUUUUUCAUACUUUAUCUAAAAAGAUAUAAUUGCUUCCCUUUUCCCGCGGCACUGCUAAAUCUACAGUGAACUCUACUAUAGACAGUAUAUAGUAGAGUUCACUGUAAAAUAUAUAUUGAUAGCACAGAUGAACUGUUAUAUAGAUUGUCACGCACAUUUGUCAGCAAAUGAAUUCGAUGAGGACAUCGAUGUGGUACUUAGUCAAGCGAAAGAAGUUGGAGUUGGUGCUAUAUUGGCUGUGACAGAAUUCAAGAGUGAGUUUGAAAAAGUGAUUUCUUUGUCAGAAAGAUUUCCUGACAUUGUGGCACCAUGCCUUGGUAUUCACCCGGUACAAGGAGAUCCCAAGAAGAAGCAAAGACCAGCAAAUCCUGAGGAUCUUGUUGGGGUGGAGGAAUUUAUAAGGUUGCACAGAGAGAAGUUAUUUGCAAUAGGUGAGAUUGGUCUGGACCUUACACCCAGAUACUUUGAUCCAAAUAAAAAAGAUAUUCUAAGAGAAGGUCAAUAUGAAGUAUUUUUAAAGCAGAUUGAAUUGGCGAAAGAGCUUGAUCUUCCUGUAAAUGUGCAUUCAAGAUCAGCAGGAAGACCAACCAUAAACUUUCUGAAAGAAAAUGGUGCAUCAAAAGUAUUGCUCCAUGCGUUCGAUGGUAAACCAUCUGUGGCAAUGCAGGGUGUUGAUGCUGGAUAUUAUUUUUCUUUUCCACCAAGUAUCAUCAGAUCAGAACAGAAGCAAAAGCUGGCAAAAGUGCUGCCAUUGUCAAAUAUUUUGCUUGAGACAGACAGUCCUGCUCUGGGGGUCGAAAAACAGGCUCGAAAUGAACCGAAAUUUAUUCAGAAAUCGUGUGAAAUGAUAGCGAAAAUCAAAGGAUUAAAACCGGAGCAAGUUAUGGUGGAAACAACGAAAAAUGCCCUCAAACUUUUCCCCAAGUUACAACGAUAUAUCAGGAUAUAGUAGGCUUUACUUUCUAUAUUUCAUUGAGUGCAAUUUUUUCAUAAAACCCGGCGCCAAAUCAUCUUGAAUAAACAACUAUGAAAGCUGAACGACUGCAGCUAUAAAGUAUAAUCAAUUUGAUCUGAAAUGGCGGGAAAGGAGUGGGACUAGUUGUCAAAAAAAAUCCAUUUCUCGGUUGAAACCACAUUUGAAACCAU